AUGUUAACGAAGAUGUCUUCGCGCUCCCCCGACGGUGCCGUAUAUUUCCUCAACAACGACCCCGAUGAUGUUAUGAUCAUCACCGCGAGCAUUGACCGAAGUGGCUCUCUGAGGUUGGAUCGUGCCGUCGCUGCUGGUGGCCGUGGGCUUCACGGGAAUAGCACGAAUGGCAUGAUGGGGAACGAUCCUCUCUUCUCCCAAGGCGCUAUUGAUGUCUCAAUCAAGAAGAACGUGCUCGGGAACGUGAAUCCUGGCUCCAACACUGUGUCCCUCUUCCACAUCGAUCCGCGCAAGCCGACGAACAUCACCCCUAUCGGCUACCCCGUCUCAAGCGAGGGCGAGUUCCCCAUCUCCGUCGCGUUCAACAGCGACGGCUCCCGCCUCUGCGUCCUGAACGGCGGGGCCGUCGACGGCGUCCACUGCUACACUGUCGAUACCCAGAAGGGCCUCCUCCCGCUCCCGAACACGCUCCGCCCCAUCGGCAUCAACCAGACGACGCCCGCGUUCGCCGGCGCGACGCUCUCGCACGUCCUCUUCUCCGCGGACGACAGGACGCUCUUCGCGUCCUACAAGGGCCUCGACGCGAGCCGGCCCGGGUUCGUCGCCGCGUGGGCCGUCGCCGCGGACGGCGCGCUCUCCGCGCGCUACAGGACGAUCCCGCUCCCGAACGGCGGCGUCGUCGGGUUCGGGAUGGCGACCGUGCGCGGGCGGGACGCGCUCGUCGUCACCGACCCCGGCGUGGGCGUGCACGUGCUCGACCUCUCGGGCGCGAACCGCAGCUCGCUCGUCGCGCCCCCGGGGGAGACGGCGUCGUGCUGGGCGGCGUACUCGGAGCUCACGGGCUCGUACUACGCGACGGACGCGGGCGCGGCGGUCGUCCACGAGAUCGCGGUCGACGGCGACCUGAACGCGAAGGUCAUCGGCAACUUCAACCUCACCGCCAUGGCGGGCCCGCUUGACUCGCAGACUGCUGUUGUCCGCAACAAGGCUUACCUGUAUGUGCUCGCUCCCGGUGCCGGUGCCGUCGAGGUCCUUGCCCUUGAGGGUGUUGGUAAGGCCAAGCUCAUGCGUUCUGUGGACAUCAUCGGCACUGCUCAAGCCGCCGGCUUGACUAUCCAGAAAUUCAACCUCCAGGGCAUGGCCACUUAUUACACGGCUGCUAACUAG